ACCUCGGCACAGACGCGGCAGGCUCUUAAGUCCGGCAGCAGUGACAGCAACAACGCAACAGGCAACAAGCAACAGGCAACACUGCAACACGCAACAAGCAACAAUGUCUCAGAAGCCGAACUACAAAGUUGCGGACAUUUCCUUGGCGGAGUGGGGACGCAAGGCCCUCGACAUCGCUGAGAAUGAGAUGCCGGGCCUCAUGAAGAUGCGCCAGAUGUACGGCAAGUCCAAGCCGCUGACCGGCGCCCGCAUCUCUGGCUGCCUCCACAUGACGGUGCAGACGGCCGUUCUAAUCGAGACGCUUGUGGAGCUGGGUGCCAAGGUGAUGUGGUCGAGCUGCAACAUCUUCUCCACGCAGGACCACGCCGCCGCUGCCAUAGCCAAGGCCGGCAUCCCUGUGUUCGCGUGGAAGGGCGAGACGGACGAGGAGUACGUGUGGUGCAUCGAGCAGACGCUCGUCUUCCCCGACGGGAAGCCGCUCAACAUGAUCCUGGACGACGGGGGGGACCUCACCAACCUCGUGCACACAAAGCACCCCGAACUGCUGAAAGGCAUCCGCGGCGUGUCUGAGGAGACGACCACGGGCGUGCACAACCUCUACAAGAUGCUCAAGAACAAUGAGCUCAAGAUCCCAGCCAUCAACGUCAACGACUCCGUCACCAAGAGCAAGUUCGACAACCUGUACGGGUGCCGCGAGUCGCUGAUCGACGGCAUCAAGCGCGCCACGGACGUGAUGAUCGCAGGAAAGGUGGCAGUGGUGGCCGGCUACGGCGACGUGGGCAAGGGCUCCGCGCAGUCGCUGCGUGCGUUCGGGGCACGUGUCAUCAUCACCGAGAUCGACCCCAUCAAUGCGCUGCAGGCCGCCAUGGAGGGCUACGAGGUGACGACGAUGGACGAGGCCUGCAAGGAGGCCAACAUCUUCGUGACGACGACCGGAUGCAAGGACAUCAUCACGGGCAGGCAUUUUGAGCAGAUGAAGGAGGACUCCAUUGUGUGCAACAUCGGUCACUUUGAUUGCGAGCUGGACGUCAAGUGGCUCAACGACCAUGCGGCCGCGAAGAUCAACGUCAAGCCACAGGUUGACCGCUACCGCUUGAAGAACGGGCGUCACGUAAUCCUGCUAGCAGAGGGGCGGCUUGUGAACCUGGGCUGCGCCAUGGGCCACCCGAGCUUUGUGAUGAGCAACUCCUUCACCAACCAGGUGCUGGCACAGAUCGAGCUGUGGAAGCACACCGACAAGUAUCCGCUCGGAGUCUACUUUCUGCCCAAGAAGCUGGAUGAAGCCGUGGCGGAGGCUCACCUGCACCAGCUGGGCGUGAAGCUCACCAAGCUCUCGGACGAUCAGGCUUCCUACCUCGGCAUUCCACGUGAAGGGCCCUUCAAGCCUGACCACUACCGAUAUUGAAAGCUGUGCCCUGUAUCCCGCUCUCUUGCCCCAAACCCCCCCAUCCUGCCCUGCCCUGCCCAGGGUUGGACUAGACCUAACGACAACUUGGCAUUUGUUUCCUAUAAGCUGCCGGUUCCCAGAGUUUGAGACAAUUCAUUCUGCACGCAACUUGCAUUGCCCCCCCCUCCCCGCUUGUGGCCGUGUUCGUGAGGUUUAAAUGGUAAAAAAAGUGAAACUCGUAAACAAAAAGAGAAAUCUUGAACUCGAUUGCCAACGGUUUAAUUGUCAGAAAUUGUAACCGAAAGACGAGACCGAAUGCGCGCGCGGCCGUCAUCUCGAUUCUGACCCUCGACGUCGCCACCGGAGCACUCUCGUGACGUCGCUGUGGCGACUUCUCGAAGCACAGCAGCUACUGAUGCCGGGACAUCACUCGAGUGCGAUGGCGGUGCUCCUGAAAGUCACUUUACAUUUCUUUUUGUCUCCGAAACGAAACUUUAAACCUCACAGGAGACAGCCUGACACAGCCAAGCUACCAGAUUUCAGCUGUUCGAUGGGUUUGCGUUAUCCCCAUCGGCUUUUAAGUGCUACUUAAUAUCCGAUGGCUCAACCUGGUGUCUUUCACAGAGAAAAUGCCCAAUUUCCAUUUGGCCCAAUCCGGCCUUGAUCAUGUCGUGCCCUGUAGCAGCAACGAUAAUGCACCAAGCUCAUCCCCUCUCCCGAUGCAACAGCACAGUGGCCUGCAUACACAAUGUGGUCAGACGGAGAGAGAGUUGCUCACAAUGAUUCUCUUGGGUGGUUGAGUGUUAAAAAUCCAUCAUUAAAACAUAACAGGUACUUUGAUGCAUACAUGGGGCCACCCACAGAGCGGCCGAGUGGUGUGUCACAGCUGUUGCAUUCAUAUCAGUGGUUAUCCGGUACAUUCACUGCAUUUAAUUGACAUGGUUUACGUCGCAAACUUCACAGGUUUUUAUUUAAUGUGGCUUGAAAAAAAUCUCGUGCAGAUUUUGACCAAACCCAGUUGCUCCUGCCUGGCCAAUGUGCUCAAAAGGAGUAAGGACUCAUUUGAUUUAAAAUGUAUCCGUGUGCUUACGAUGCACAAAUUCCAUCUUAUAUACUUAGUUCUUUCGAAAGAACCAAGAAUAUGAAUCUCUGCAGUCACGAAAGCUUUAAAUCAGAAUUCCAUCUUGUUUAUGAGAAUCGAUCAUUUACAAUUUGCAGACGGAUAAAACGAAACCUCUGUGUUAGAAGAUCUAUUUUGGGAUCUCACUUGGCCCAUCAUCGUUAAAAGUAUCUGCAGGUCAAUAAAAAUGAGUUCCGCUUUGUAGGACCAUCAUCAGUGUUCGUCCUAUGGACGAACUGUUACUCGUCCAUAGCAAUGGUGAAAUUUGACACCACUGGAUCAGGACUCACAAUGUAAUUGAACAAUCACCCCACACAGGCUUUGUUGGUUUCUCCACACGGGCAUCAAUCUCAUUUCAGAAGCCUCAUGUUUGCUGCAGUUAAUGCUGCUGAUGAAUUGGUUUGUAAUCGGUGAUGUUGGACAUUUUUAGGCAACUAAAGAUUGAAUAAAAGACGGCCGUGACCGAA